AUGACUAAGGCAGAAAUUAAUUUACCUGGACAGCCGUUCAAUGCGUCUGCCAAAGCAGUUUCACCUUCAUCAAUACUUGUCUCUUGGUCAAGACCAGAACAUGGCAGUAAAAGUUUGAAAGAGUACAAAUUAUUUUAUAAGAAGGAUUCCACUCCUGAAGAACAAUUUUUUAUAACUAAACAUACAGAACAUGAAAUAACUGAUUUAAGUCCAUAUACCAAGUAUUCAAUUUGGGUAGUGGCAUACAAUCAAAAUGGUCCAGGGAUGAAUUCUUUAGAAGUUGUUGUAGUAACAAACAUAACAACUGCUGAUAAAUUAAAAACGCCAAUUAAUUUAAAAACAAAUGUUAUUUCUCCAAAUGCUAUAGACAUUACUACCAUUUUAUACGUAAUGAUUGCUUGUUGUUUGUUACUUAUAUUCUGCAUUGGUAUAGAAAUGUCAUUAUUGUGUUGUAAAACCCUAAAUGUUAUAACCCUAAAUAAAUAA